GUACACGAAGGAUAACAAACCAAGUAAUGAUAAAGUUGUUGAGGUCAUGACACAAAUGAAGGACCUUGGGGCGCAAUCCAAUGCUACAAAUGAGGAAAUUAUCACACAGGUUCUAGGGCCUGAGCGACCUGGUCGUGUUCGAACAUAUGGAUUGGGUCCUUCCCCGACAGAUGUCUUUGGAGGCGGAUAUAGGCAAUCGCAAGAACAAACUCGUAUCAUCCAAACGCAAGUCCAAGAGCAACUUAACCAAUAUAAAGCACAAAUGGAGAUGCAAAUGAAGGAGAUGAUGAAUGCUAUGCUUAAUCAACAGAAAGUACAAAUGGAGAUGCAAAGCACAAUCCAAGCUCAACAAGCCCGAAUAGAGCAAUUGGAGUCUCAACAGGCCAUGGGUGGGCCUGUUGCACCAGCUGCUACACAUGUGCAUUCACAACAACAAUCUCAUGCAUACACCUCAUCGUUUAAUUGUCAUCGUUCAUCCGAGGAAGUGAGUAAUAGUUAA